CCUCGCCGCCCGGGGGGAUGUCUUACAAACCGAACUUGACCGCGCACAGGCCCACCGCCUCCCUCAGCGCCGCUGGGAGCGUCCACCCGCCUUCCACCAACAUGGCGACGUCCUCCCAGUACCGCCAGCUGCUGAGUGAGUACGGACCACCAUCUCUAGGCUACGCGCAGGGAACCGGGAACAGCCAGGUGCUCCAGAGCAAAUAUGCUGAGCUGCUGGCCGUCAUCGAAGAGCUGGGGAAGGAGAUCCGACCCACGUACUUGGGCAGCAAGAGCGCGAUGGAGAGACUGAAACGAGGCAUCAUCCACGCGAGAGGGCUGGUUCGGGAGUGCUUGGCCGAGACGGAGCGGAACGCCAGGUCCUAGCCUCCGAGUCAGCGCGAAGGCUUUCCAUCUUCUUCCCAGAAGUGACAGCUCAUGCCCCCUAUUCAGAUGAAUCUUGGUUUCAAAAUGGUAACAGCUUGGUUUCUCCUCCCCGCCCCUCCCGUGGUUCGUCAGGCUCCGAACCUCCCGUCGCUGAGAUGGAGAUUUUCGCAGUUAUUAGGUUUAUAUGUUAGUUAGGAACUACCCAGGGCGUUCUGUGUUUUUUUUAAGCAUUGAUUUACAUGAUGCACGUCAGUUACCUAUCACCGCAAACCGUAGUUGGCCUCCCAGAUACCGGUGUUUCUCUUCUGGAUGCAUUUCUGUUACGUGGUUCUUUGUUUCUCUUCUGAGCUGAUCCAGCUCUGAGGGUUUGUUUCAGAGUCCUGCCGCAGCGCUUUAGUGGCCAGCGCUUUCACCACACACUAUAAAUUCUGCUCAGUGUAACUUUUUUUUCUUUUUUGCUUAAGCAUUUGCAUGACUAUUAGUACUUUGAAGUCCAUCUAUAAAAUGCACAAGUUAUAAAUACAGAAGAAAGAGCAACUUACCGAACCUCAACCUCCAACCUCGCCUGACAAGGACCCCUGAAAUCUUCCCUAAUGAUGUAUGUAGACUUCAGUUCCGCCUUUCCCAUCAGUGGAUCCAAACAUCUGGAAGAAAGUGACUAAUACUGUUUGCAUCUUUGUAUGUAUUUAUUACUUGAUGUAAUAAAGCUUAUUUUCAUUAACAA